GUGCAUUUGUGUUCGCAGCAGUGUUUCUAUCAUGUGCUGUGGCUGUUGCUGCUGGAGGAGCUGCUCUCUUCUUCCUGUGGCCCCGGGCCUGAGAACCUCUUUCUGAUUGCUGCAUGUCCAUGUGACUCGUUUCCGUUACUGCUGCUGCUUCCGUGAAUAGUAAGAAGAGUCUUCAGAGUUUCAGGGCAGCUGAACGUCACCCAUCAGAAAGUCGCUUUGCAGCAGAGACUCAACCAGCGGUAUGGUCAGGGGAUCAACCGUCAGUGGCUUUGGAAAUCCACACCUAACCACCAGAUGAGGAUGUUAAGAUGCAGGUCCAGAGGUCCACUCUCCUCCUGCUCAACCUGUUACACCUGUGGAGACUCCUGCAGCUGGUCUCAGGUCAUCCACAGCACGGACCAUGUCAGCUGAUCCAAAGAUCGGCUUUGUGCAACAGCAGGAGGCUCACCUCAGUACCUGCUGGACUCCCCAUCAACACAGAGGAGCUUCAGCUGUACAACAACCACAUCCAAACACUACAGGACGACUCUCUCCUCUUUUACCCGUUAUUAAAUACUCUGAGCUUAGCUUGUAACAGCUUGGAGAACUUACAAUCACACACUUUUCAAGACUCAAAGCUGUUAGAAAACCUCAAUGUAGCAAACAACCUCCUUCAUAUGGGCUACCAAGAAACCAGUGAAGCAUUAAAGACUCUGCCAAGACUCAGAGUACUGGAUCUUUCUGUGAACAUGCUCGAUGAUGAGAUGGCUACGACCCUCCUCCAGAACCUGACGUCUCUGGAGUACCUGAAUCUCUCUGGAAACCUCCUGCAGAGACUGGAUGAGACCUCAUUCAGAGAUCUUCACCAGCUCAAAGAGCUUGACCUGCAGAGAAACGUCAUGUUCGAGAUCGACGGAGCAUUUGACAGCAAUCCCAAGCUGCAGCGGCUAAACCUGGCAUUUAACUACCUGCCGUGCCUGACCGACUUCCACAUGACCCAGCUAGUCGUCCUCAACGCCAGCCACAACUUCAUCGAAUGGUUCAUCUCCAGACCGGACACGAACGUUACAUUCCAGCUGGAGACGCUCGACUUGUCAGACAACAAACUGCUCUUCUUUCCCUUCCUGCCGAACCAGAGCCGCCUGCAGAACCUUUACCUUUCCCACAACAGCGUCAGGUUUUACGAAGACUUGGCUGAGAACGACACAAUCCUCAACUCCACCUCCACGGUAGAGUUUUACAAUCUGAAUAAACACACGAAAAUCAAUGUGACGGCUCAGCUGUGGGACGAGGACCUGCACGGUGACAUCUCCUCUGUGGAGAUCCUGGACAUGACGGCCAACCUGGUGGAGUAUUUCCCUCAAGGAUUCAUCCAGAAGAUGCCUUCACUGUCCAGACUCAGAAUGUGCAUGAACUGUCUGGAGACGUUAAACCUCAACUCUGAGCAGUUCUCUGCUAGCUUGUACGAGCUGGAUAUUAGCAACAACAGGCUGAGGGAGAUUACAGCAGAGGACGAUGGGCUGGCUGUUCUCGGUAAUCUAACGUACUUUAACCUGAGCCUGAAUGAUCUUACACGGUUACCCUCUGGAUUAUUCUCCUCGUUGACCAGCCUCAGGUCAGUGGAUCUCAGCUAUAACAACAUUAACAUCUGCCGCCCUCAUGAAGCUGAGAACAGCACAGACAUGACCUCGGCCUGUGUCGACUGGACAGACGUCGUUUCCCUUCGGCAGCUCUACCUGAAGGGAUGCAACCUGGAAAGCAUUCCAGCGUCUGCGUUUGCUGGUUUGUCUUUAACUCACCUGGAUCUCUCUGAUAACUCUGGACUCAUUCUAAAAGAGUCCUUACAGAGUCUUAGAAGCACGCUACAGUAUUUAGGUUUAGGAAACACUGAAAAACAAGACUUUGACUUCUCCCAUUUCCGAAGUCUGAAGUUCUUAAACAUUUCAAGAAACUCUCUCACCCACAUCCCGCCCUCUCUUCUGGAUCUGGACUUGAAAGUUCUUGAUCUGAGGGAAAACAGACUGUCCACCAUCCCCUCAGCUCAGGCUAACACAUUAGCCCCAAAACUGCACACCAUCUUCCUCACAGGGAAUCCGUUCAACUGCUGCCAGACGGAGUGGUUCAGGACAUUUGAGACCAUCAACGUGGUCGGACAAUCAGAUAUUGAAUGCGAGGAUCACUUCCUAAGGACACACAGAGUCCAACACCUAAAGAGGGUUCUGUGUUUGGAGGAAGAGGGGGAAUCUAAACUUUGGUUGAUUCUGCUCAUUGUGCCUCUGUGUCUGUUUUUUGUGGCCAUUUUGAUUGUUUUCCUCCUCACCUUUAGGCCAGAAAUUCUCCAGAAGUCCAUUAAGAAGAGGUGUUUGAAGCCCACCUCGUACUGAGACUUCAUAAAACUGUACGUUGUGUGAGGAGUGUAGCUGAGUGUAUGUUGGAAAUAAAAAGGAUGAAUUGUGAACUCA